AUGGAACUUUUUUGCUUUGCAGAGCUCGCACCGAACUGGCCUGGUACUUCAUAUCCCACCUUUCUCGCUUGUCUGCGGCAGCUGAGGCGCCAUUCUGGCUCCGAAGGUUCGAGACCUCUCCUCCCCUUCUGGAGGCCCGUGAAAGGACCCAUCUCUUCAGGGUCCACAGAAGUCCCUUUAACGGGCGACCCCAACAAGGGCUCCAUCAACACGAUUUCGGCCCUGGCUCUCUCGCCGCCAGAGUUAGACGCUCAUCUGCCCAAUUCUUCCUUUCUUUCGACUCCUCUCUCUCGGUUCCCUCAACCACCUGCCCCCUUGGCUUGCCCCUCGCCUCCUCGGACUCGAACUCCGACUCCAGUCGGCUCGACCGGUUGCUCCGAUCCGACAGCCCAUCUGAACCACUUUGGCGGACAUGAUUCUAGACGCCAAGUCUAUCCUUCCUGUCACGGUUGGCUGCGUAACAUGGCCUCGCUGGAGACCACUUUCAUGAGUCCCCGAGGCCGGCUGGUCGACAGCCCUUCAGACGAGGACUUUCCGCUGGAAUCGUCUUCUGAACAGUCGAGUGGCCCUUCUGAAAAGAAGGAGCCCUGCGACAGCGAGGACAGGUAA